AUGACAGAAGGCCCUGGUUUGUCGGUCGCUUUUCGAAAGUAUUUGCAAGAAAAGGCACUUGGUGAAGGAUUUUGUUCUGAUAUUACUAUCCACGCAUUUGGAAAAGAUUACGCGCUACAUAAAUUUGUUCUCUAUCGUAGUUCAUACUUUGUCACUUUAUCCAGUGAUUUAUGGAACAAUGACAACGGUUGUACCACACCUUCGGCGGAGAAGUGUAAUCCCGUUUAUAAUAUUGAAUUAGGGUCCAAUUUCACGCAGGAAAUAUUUGAACUUGCUCUUGGCCAGUUGUACGGAAUAAAUGUAAAACCAAUGGAACUUAAGAAGAUGUUUUCUCUUCUGGAACUUGCCAGUUUUCUAGAUAUUCCUGACCUUUCUGAAGAAUGUUCCAAGCAUCUGAUUCAAGCUAUUGAUGAGACAACCGUCCAUGAAAUAGCUAUUCUUGUUUGUUCCUUUGAGUUUGUGCAGGCAGUCAAAGAUGUUAGACAAGCUUGUGAGAUGUUUCUCUGUAUUGAAUCUACGGAUCUAGCAGAUGAAAUUUGGUUGAAGAUUCCUUGCGACAUGCUUGUGAGGGUUACCACCAGUGACUCUUUUUUUAUUAAAAAUGAAUGGGAACGAUGUCAAUUUCUCAUCAAGUUAUAUCGCAAGGUAUCAAAACUGCUCAUCGAAAUUCGGAAAAACUACACUGAGAUAUCCCGUGAUGCAAUAGAAGACCCCCAGGAAACGGCAAGUAGAGAGAACAAUAAUCGUGACGAAGAAAGUGCUACUUGUACCAUCGUUUAUGAAGACUCAGUGGAGGAGAAAGUGAGAAAUUUGGACAAAAUGCUGAAGACAAUUCAGGAGGGUCUUAAUUCUGGUAUUCACUACAUGCACAUGACACCCACAGAAUUGUCAACGCUUUGGGACGAAGCAGAUCAUUUUGGUGAACCUUUGAUCCAUCCCGAAUGUCUGCAAGAAGGUCUGUGGGACCUUACUAGGUUGCAAGCUAUGAUAUCUCAGUUAAAUGAUGAUUCCCCUCCCAGUCUGGGCCUGAUCGAGAUGCAUAAUCCAGGUGAGGUUGUAAAGAGGGCAUUGUAUUCGGUGAAUACAGAGGAGGUCAGGCGAUACCCAAGUCACAACCCAGGCUCAAAUACUACUGAAUGGACUCGAUACCCUCCAAUGAGGAUUGGAGUGGAGCUGCCUGGUUUGUUCGAGUUAACAGAAUGCCAGGGGGUAUAUACUAAACCGUUUUUUUACGCAGGAUCCGCUUGGGCGAUCUUUGUCUGGAGAUCCUCUAACAAAUCUAGCCCCCCAGAAUUGUCUUUAUAUAGGAGGAUUCAGAGUAAAGCCAUAACUAGCACAUCUAAAAGCGUGUCGUGGGACAGUUUUAUUACUAUCAAAACCACACACAUUAGGUGGGACGAAGAAGUCGAACAGAACAUGCCCACUCUGGACUUACAUGAGCGGUAUCUUGAUGAACGGAGAAAAACAUCUCUAUACGUCAAAAUCAAAGCACUGUCGAAUACAAGAUACGAUUUUUCAAAAUUUAAGCUCCAACCUCACAGUUCUCGGAAUUGGAACGUGAAAAAGCUCCAGGGUCUACAGGAAUACCCUGCUUUCAACAAAAAAGGGUCAACGAGGUUUGUUCUCUCAUUGUGUGUUAGUUAA